GGGCGAGCGGGGACUUCCGGCGGGGCCCGGCAGGCGCUGAGGAGGAGGAAGCGGUCCGGACGGCGCUGCUCGGCGGAGUCUCGGCGCGGACAGGAUGGCGGCCUCCGGAGCCUUGUUCCCCAGCCUGGUGCCCGGCGCCCGGGGCACCUCCAACAAGUACCUGGUGGAGUUCCGGGCCGGCAAGAUGUCCCUGAAGGGCACCACGGUCACCCCCGACAAGCGGAAGGGGCUCGUCUACAUCCAGCAGACCGACGACUCCCUCAUCCACUUCUGCUGGAAGGACAGGACGUCGGGCAGCGUGGAGGACGACCUGAUCAUCUUCCCCGACGACUGUGAGUUCAAGCGGGUGCCGCAGUGCCCCAGCGGGAGGGUCUACGUGCUCAAGUUCAAGGCCGGCUCCAAGCGGCUCUUCUUCUGGAUGCAGGAGCCCAAGACGGACCAGGACGAGGAGCACUGCCGGAAGGUCAACGAGUACCUGAACAACCCCCCGAUGCCCGGGGCGCUGGGGGCCAGCGGCAGCGGAGGCCACGAGCUGUCCGCGCUGGGCGGCGAGGGCGGCCUGCAGAGCCUGCUGGGCAACAUGAGCCACAGCCAGCUGAUGCAGCUCAUCGGACCCGCCGGCCUCGGGGGGCUGGGUGGGCUGGGCGCCCUGACCGGGCCGGGCCUGGCCAGCUUGCUGGGGAGCGGAGGGCCUCCUGCCAGCGGCUCCCCGUCCAGCUCCCGGAGCCAGUCGGCCGCCGCCACCCCGUCCUCCACGGCCUCUUCCGCCCGCGCGACCCCCGCCCCCUCCGCUCCAGCCGCUGCCUCUGCCACCAGCCCCGCACCCAGCUCAGGAAACGGGGCCAGCGCGGCUGCCAGCCCGAGCCAGCCCAUCCAGCUGAGCGAUCUCCAGAACAUCCUGGCCACCAUGAACGUGCCGCCAGGCCCCGGGGCCGGCCAGCAAGUGGACCUGGCCAGCGUGCUGACGCCGGAGAUCAUGGCGCCCAUCCUGGCCAACGCGGACGUUCAGGAGCGCCUGCUGCCCUACCUGCCGUCGGGGGAGUCGCUGCCCCAGACCGCCGAGGAGAUCCAGAACACCCUCACCUCCCCCCAGUUCCAGCAGGCCCUGGGCAUGUUCAGUGCGGCCUUGGCCUCGGGGCAGCUGGGCCCCCUCAUGUGCCAGUUCGGCCUGCCCAGCGAGGCCGUGGAGGCGGCCAACAAGGGCGAUGUGGAAGCGUUUGCCAAAGCCAUGCAGAACGGUGCCAGCCCCGAGCAGAAGGAGGCUGAGGAGGGGAAGGACAAGAAGGACGAAGAGGAGGACAUGAGCCUGGACUGAGCCGCCGCCCGCCGGCCCGCCCCCCCCUCCCGCUGUGCUCACCAAUAAACGU